GUUUACAUUCAGAAGGAAAUGAUGUAAGAGAUUUUGAACAUACGCCGGCGCGCAGGGUUAACCACUUAGCCAUUGGAAGCUCACAUUACAUGGCUGUGUAACACAAACAGCUUUAUUUGCAAGUUUUUUUAUCCUGUCAGUUUAAUUGAAUCUCGCUUCGUUUUUUCUCGGAUUUUCCUUAAAGUUUCAGGUGGAAUGGAGCUCCAGAACAUUAUUCACGAUGCAUUGUACGACUUCGUCCGCUCGCACAUACCGCACGCAGAUCUGAGCACUCUAGACGAUGUGCUGCUUUCCUACAUCACUGGUGUUUUGGAGGAUUUGGGGUCACAAUCAGGCAUUGAGGAAAACUUUGAUGUGGAAGUGUUUGUUGAGAUGCUGGAAGCUUAUAUUCCAGGAUUUUCUGAUAUUGACAGUGUUCAGGUUUGCGAAAUGAUGUUUAAUUUGGCUUCGAAAUUAGCCUCAGCACGGAACUCGGAAUCAUUUGAGGAGAAGUCUGGAGAGUGGGAUGUGCCUUUGACCACUGUCUCAGUUAAGGAGGCCUCUGGACCGAAGGUGCAAAGCCAUUCAUCACAGGCAGAGGGAGCCACAGCCAAGACAAGCAUUUCAGAGUGGGAAGAACAAGAACAGCACCUUCUGGAGAUGUUCCCUAAGUGCAGUGUGACAGAAGCCAGAAGUGCAUUGUCCAUUGCUAAAGGAGACAUGGAGGAAGCUGUUAGACUCAUCAUUGAGGGAGAUGUACAAGUUAACCACAGCCCUCUGCCCAGUGCAAACCAAGGAAAAAAUGUUUCUCUACAGGCAGAUGACAAACUUAAAGCAAGUAUUUUGGAAAAAUAUAUGUUGGUUGAUAAUGAGGAAGAUAAGAAAAUCCACAGACCAGUUAUUCCUAAAGACGCUCCAAAGAAACUGGUGCGUUAUCAUGGCAACCAAGUGGUGACUACCAAAGGAGAGCGCUAUCACCUAGUCAAGAAAGAUGAAUCGGAGGAUAUGAAAAAGACUUAUGUUAGCCUCAAGCCAGCACGCAAAUACCGCUUUCAUUGAUGAACAGUCGCAUAUCUUUUUAAACUUUAUUUAUUUUUACACACGUGUUUAACCUACUGGUUGUUGCUCUUUUUUUUUCUUUCUUUUUUCAAUUACAUCCCUUGACAGCUGUACUCACUGUUUAAAUGUAAUAUACAAUUUAUUUUUUCUUUAUAAAAUGUAACAUAACUACAUGAACAUUUGAUAUCUGGGUAACAUGAGCUUGAAAGAUAAUACCAGAUAUAGGUGUAAUGAACGAUCUCUUGAAGGAUGUUUCUUUGUGGCUAUUCUGUCAAACAACUAGUUCAGCAGUUACUCAGUUAAUAAUUUUAAUUUCUGGGUGAUUUAAAGUUUAAUUCCCAAUUAUUCUCAAGUAUAAAAUAUUCACUGUUUAUUUUUUUAUGCUAAUGUAUAGAUUACAGAAAGAUUUCAAAAUUUCGUAUCAUUACCAUGCAGUCAACUUUUCUCAAGCUGGGCUUGGGUGAGAACACACUCCAGUGUUAUUUCACAUUUCAUCUUAAAGAUGAACUCCAGUGUCAAAAACACUCAAAUGUUUAAGUUGUCUUGAGUGCUUUUGUUUCGAUUAAAAUAUGUGUCCAGUACCACCCCCAUUUCAUUGCUUGAAAUGCCUAUCCUUAUCUGUGCCUAUGAAAUACAGCCAGAUACAAACUUUGGUGGUUGGAUGCUCUUGGUGGCUGUUAUCAGGCUCUCUUGAACUAAUUUAUACAUUAUUUUCUAUAACUGGACUACAUUCUGCCUUCAGUAGAGAAGACUACCGAAGGACAGUAAAAGGCAAUAUACAAAGUAAAGAAUAUGUUGCCUUACUGUUAUGAGCUUCACGUGUCUGUCUUUAAGCUAAAAUUAUCAUUACAUGUGAAAUAUACACAUUACGACUAGUUUGGUGCUAACACAGUAAAGCAAAAUUCCAACAGGAAGCUUGGGGAAAUCAUUAUGCUAGUAGUAGCUGGACAAGUGAAUGCUAGUAAAAAGUUCAAUCAAAAUAAUAGGCAACAAUAUGUCAAUUCCAACUGGCUCAGUACAUGCCACUGUUACAAAAUUGCAUGCUGGUGUAUGCCAUCAGGCCAGUGUUAUCAGUUAACAUUAGUGCCUAUUUCCUAGCUAGCAUGUAUCAUUCUAUUACAUCUGUACCUUCCCUAGGAAGGCGUGUCCCACUCCUCCUCAUUUGUCUGAAAACUGCACUCCUGACAUGAUAAGAUAUAUGAAAAGGGUGUAAUGCAUGUAGAAAUAAGCUCUCUCAUGCUGUUCUGGUGUAUGAGAAUCAGGUGGGGAAAUCACUCACACUGCUGUCACUGUUGAUGCCUUGAUCUCUUCUACAUGUGCAAGCUGUUUCUCCAGAUUUUUUAAGACACUGCCCACUUUGUGGUUUAUAUUAUUUCAUGACUAGGGAUGCACUGAUUUUUUUUUUUUUUUUACCAAAACUGGACUAAACAAAACAUGUUGCUAAUUGUCAGAUACCAAAUAUCAAACAUUUGUUUGCAGGUUUUCAUUAAAUUUACUACUUAAGAAUGCAUAUAAUUACAUUUAUUCUCAGCCAAAUAACUUUGGUGUGUCCCUAAUCGUGAAAUAAUGUCAUACGUACAUUUGGCUCUGGAGUGCAUCUGUUGUGAUCUUAGAUUUAGUCUGGUUAUACAGUGUAUCAUAUUGUAUCCUACCAAGUUAAUUUACUUAUUUCAUUUAUUAUUCUGUUUUAGAAGUAUUGUGUACUUUGGUGCUUACAGGUCUGCAUGGUUUUUGAUUAUGAAAUUACGUUCAUGUAACCCAUUCUCACUAUUCAUAACUGUAUUGUAUCUCAGUGUUUCACAUUUAUGUUGUUAUACUCAAUUUGUGCAGUGUUUCAGAGAGGGGAUGGCUACUAUAUGAUCCGCUAAACUGUAAACUCUAAUCUGCAUAAGCAAAAGUUUGGGAUGCUGAUGUCAAAAUUAUUUUUGCUGUGUUUUUCUUGGAAUUAAAGAUGAAGUGAGAUAUGUUAUCUUGUAUUUGCUUAAAGAAA